AGAAGAAGUGCGGAAGGAAUCAACAGCAUUGGCGCUCGUCGCAAUCCACCACUUACGAAUAAUUUUGUAUCAGGCGGACAGGUGUCAACGGGCCAUGGCUACAAAGAGCCUGGGUAGUGGUACUGUUAUAGGAGUCUCUUUGUAUUUUGUUCCUCCAACAAAAAUUACAAGCACUGGAAAUGUAAUUUUGCAGCAUAUGUUUCGGCUUGAUUCGAUGCAUAUGUGCAACUGCUUCCAGACGAUUAUUGUAAUCUUUGGUGAUUGAACUGUAAACGUGUACCUUGGUUACCUUUUUGUUUCAAUGUUUGUUUGAUAAAGCAUACUCCAGGCAUCAAACAAACCUUGUGAAAAACAAUUACAAUCAAGGUAUGGUAGAACUGAAAUCUUUAGCUGCAAGAUGUGCACACAUCUCAGUUAAAGAUGCACCUAUACCGGUGCUCACAACCGCAAAGGUUUUAUUUAACGCCAAAUUAAACCUGCUCACAUAGCUGGCGAACCAAAAUAGGGCACAACACCCCAGACCGCAAGGACCGCCUCAAUCAAAUGGAAAUUUCAGACCCCAAGGACAACAGAGAAUGUCUGGACCACCACCGCAGCGGCAUCCAGGCCCAAUGCAGCAACAAGGUCCACCUGGCAAAAUACAGCAGCAAGGUCCACCUGGCAAAAUACAACAGCAACAGCAGCAAGGUCCACCUGGCAAAAUACAACAGCAACAGCACCAAAGUCCACCUGGCAAAAUACAACAACAGCAGCAACAGCCACAACAACAACCUCAGUCACAGCCACAACCACAACCACAACAAGCACCGCCACCACCACAAAUAGUGAAACAAGAUCCAAAUGAUGCUUUUCAAAAAGAAGAUCAAAUGGCAGUAGAUGAGCAAGUUAAGAAAAAACCUUUCUGGGCUAUGAAAGUCGGAAAAAUUACCAGGAAAGAACGUCAACGUCGUCGAAAUGUCCGAUUGAGCAAGAUGUUACAACCUAAAAAUGCCGUUAUGAUAUUGAAUGAAUUAGUGAAAAGUGCAACAUAUACUGUAACAGAUCUGCCACAACCGUCUGAAAUGAAUCAGUAUACAGCCACAGUUCUUGUUGAUGGUGUUAGUCACGUGGGACAUGGACGCAACAAAAUGGAGGCCAAAAGUAUGGCUGCUGAAAAUGCUCUCAAAUAUAUCGUUAAGAACCGUCAGUUCUCGGCUUUAAAAAAAGAUGAAGACGGCGAUGAAAAAAUGGAAACAACUGAAGACGGUGCACCUACGUUACCAUGGCAACACGUGGCUUCAUUCGCAUUGUACAAAUUGUUGCAUGCGUGGGGAGAAGAUCCAAACCAAACAAGAGGGGACGCUGUUGCUCAACCGCAAGCAACAAAUAGACCUGCCAAAAAGAUGCCUGAAAAUGCUGCACACAUGAACCCUAUGAUGUUGUUGAAUCAGAUGUUACCACAUGCACAGUUUGAGGAACUCGGGAGACAGGGUAAUCCUCCAAACGUUAUUUUUACAUUCAAGUGCACCAUUGAUGGUCAGAAUUUCACAGGAACAGGUCCCAAUAAAAAAUCCGCCAAGAAGAUGGCAGCAUUUGCUGUUUGUCAUAAGAUUUUAGGAAUUCAAUAUCCUCCUGAAGUAUACACACCUUCAGUCUAACUAUUUCAUUUUUUAUAACUUUUCACGUCUUGCUGUAAUAUGUGCAACAUGUUAACGUAUUUAGUUCGAGUAAUAGUAUUAUAGUGAGUAAAGUUUAUUUUAGAUCUGCAUUGUGACUUUUCAUGGAACGUAGUAAAUAAAAUUCGUUAUAGGUAAUAA